GUGCUUGUUGGGAUAAUUUUAAUUAACCAGAUCAUUGAUUUGCUGUUAGGGGGGAUUGUCAAUUGUAAACAAGUUCGCGUCAUUUGGACUCUUUUUGAAUUAUUUAAUAUAGAUUAUCACCAAUAAAGUUCUAUCGAUUAGAGUUAUAUUGAUGAUAAAACCGUCCAUUCUUAGCUGGGUGGUAGUUUCAUUUAAAACUAGUCGGGGGCGACUUCUGUUCGGAUAUAAAUUGAUAACCAGUUCAGAUUCCGUGUUUUAGUUUAUCCCUACAUCGUUGGAUGAUCAGUAAUUUUUUUAAUUCCUGUGUCAAAUUUCUACGUCAACAUGAUAAUUGCAAUUUUUUUCUAGCUCUUGAGAUAACAAAGGAUUGUGUUUUGUCACUAUAACAGAUCAUAUUUUUAACCAGACCAAAAAACUUUCUUAAUUUAAUUUUGUUAACGGAGAAUGGUGUCAAAGCUGCUUUGGUUGCUGAUAUCUACAUUCAUAUCUUUAGGCCUUUGUACCCAAAAGAGAGCACUUCCGGAUCCAAAAUCGUUUGAUGGAAUGAUGGCAGCCAUUUCUUUACCCACAAUGCAACAGGAGAACUUCCAGAGAAUGUGCUUACAAAAUAUACCAACACAGGUUUUACUUCGAGAAGUUUAUACUAGGAUGGGAAAGGAAGACGAAAUGAGCAAAUCACUGCCCGAUCCUGUUGACCCAGAAUUACAACGGACAUCACCUGACGAUAGUAUCAUGACACAAAAACGUAGGGGAAGAAAUAGAAUUUCCGGAUUUUACAGUAAUUGGUAGAAAAUCGUUGGAAAUUUCUACUACUGAGAACAAUGAAUAACUCUAUGUGUUUUAUAUGUAUUUAUGAUGUAUGCUCGUUAAUUCAUUGAUGAAGUAAAUGUACUACACUGCCCCAGC